AAAAAACAACUUUUCAUGACAAGAAAAAAAAAAGAAAAAACAUUCGACCCAAGAGUGAAAAAUAUGUCGCAAUCUGCUGGUCGCUGAAAACAUGAAGAUAUUUUCGAUAGUGGCCGAUAAAUAAUUACAAAUUUACCGUUUUUCAUUAAAUUUGAACAUGAGUCUAAAAUUUGAUGUAAGUGAAUUUACGCGUCGCCUGAGGCGUACAUUCGACGGCAAUGUUUCCUACCGGAAACUAUUUGCUUUGCUGUUCAUUGUAGCCGUGUUUCUCCUCUACAUUGGUCCGUCUUUUCUCCGGUGGCUUUUUGGAAGUGUCGAACCUAUCAAAGAUCACACGAUAAGAUGCAUGGAUGAUCGCUUGACGCCCUUUUAUUUGCAACAUCUGGAAAACAACGUCAACAUCCGACAUCAACCGAUUUUUCCACACGAAUACGAUGCCAUUCCGUAUGUCGGCAACGGGAUGUUCGGGUUGGAGAUUCAAGCGGAUGCCAAUUUGAACAUUUUCCGCGGGCGGGCUUUGCUCCAACCAGUCAACUUCCAUCCGAUUGUUAGCGUUGCUGCUGGAAUGGGAUCUCACCGAGAGGCAACCGUGGUAGAAUAUUUAAGUGGAAUAGUGCACCGGUUCCAAUGUACUUCUGAGGGAUAUUUCGCAUCGUACCAGUACUACGCGCACAGGACAAUGCCUUCAGUUCUGGUGCAAGAGAUUCAGAUAACAAACACCAAAAAUCAGCUGAUGGAUGUGGAGUUGAUUGUACCGAGGAUUUCAGAUUGGCCAACAGCCGUCACCCGGAGCGUUAAACUUCAACAUGGUUCGACAAUUCUGGAAUACCAAGUAAUAACGGGAUUGGUCGAAGUUGCGUCCUCCGGAAAUGACGAUAAGCGAGUUCGCGUAGUUUGCAUAGUUGCUCGUAAAAUACCUCGUAUUCUGACGCUGAAGAAGCGUGGCACGACCAAACUAGAACUGCUACUGACGAUCAAUUAUUCGGAUGCGAUUUCCCGGGACAAGUAUACGACCUACAAAGAAUUAGUCGAGCAACAGGCUAUUGAAGCGAUGAACAAAGCCCUGCAAGCUGCGGAACAUGGCGAGCAGAAUGCAUAUUAUGCAUUCAAGCGCGACCAUACUAAAGUUUGGAAUAGCUUAUGGGAAACUGGUUUUCAUAUCAGUACUUCUAAGGCGGAGAACACCUUGAAUGGAAAUGAUAUUAAUGCGACCAUGUAUGCUGUCAUAUCGCAAUCCAGGGCAUAUGAGUACGAAGUCUCCAGCACUUUACAGAAGAAGCAGGACAUAGAAAGAGCUUUGACCUAUGCAGAAGGUUGCUACGACAGUUAUCACACGUUGCAAGCAGAUAAUUUGUGGAAGAAGACUAGUAGUUUGGAGGAGCUGAAUGGAGUUGUAGCUUCUUGGAUGUUGACAUUAGAAAAACAAGGCUGUCACAACCUCAUCAAAGCUGGAGCUAGUGGCAUUGUGCAAGCCAUGGUGCUGAGUUUCGGUGGGUUCAGAUUCAGCAAUCAGCAUUUAGAAUUGAAUAUUCAUCCGAAAUAUCUGCACCGCGACUAUGAUUUCCGGCGACUCAACUAUGGAAACAUGACGCACGUCAACAUAUCCAUAGCCGUUGGAGAUGACAACAAGGCCGUCCUUUUUGUGGCUCUCGAUCGCUCCGAUCGAAGUUAUUACGCUUGCGAUGCCGGUUGCCUGGAUCCGCCCGUCCAGCUUGGUCCAUCUAAAACUACUUUCCCAGUGAAACUAACAGAACCCCUCACUUCAAUCCUAUACAUUACAUCGGACAAGAUUCACAUGGAAGACCUUCGCCAUGCCCUCCAUGUUAAAGAAGUAGUGGAAGCUCCAGCUCACGAGCAUCACGUCAUUGCCCUGCACAAACAUGGUCACUCACUUGGGGCGCUUCCAACACUAUUUUGGGUUUCGAUCUGCGUCAUCAUCGUCGUUUUCCACGUAUUCCUCUGCAAGCUGAUAGUCAAGGAGUACUGCGAACCACCGGACAAGAUGCGUUACCGUUACAGCAAACCGUGAGAUGCAGAGCUGAUGCUGUAAAAUAGGUAUCGCUCGCAAAUUCUGCCCUAGUGAGACUGUAUAUAAGAAGGUGUUUCCGCUUUUUCUGUUUGAUCAGUACACGGAGAGUGGAUCGCUUAGUAUUGGCAAUAAUAAAUGCAUUUGGUAUAUGCUAGUUAUAUUUUAGACGGAAGAAGAAUCAAAA